AUAUGGAAAAUCGAUGUUGAUUAUUGGGUGCGAAAAUUGUUCUCCAUAAUCCAGAAUACUGCAUUUGCAACAAUCGAACUGCGAGGGUCAGUUCGAAGUCAAUCGUGCCUCCAACAGGAUGGAUUUAUACACAGCGCUACUGGUUGUGCCUUUCGCCUUCGUAGCCCUUGUGUUCGCGUACGUGCGUGCCCUACAGUAUAAAAACCGCUUCGCCGACAGUGUGCCAUUUGCUGGAGUGUCCCCAUAUCCGUUGUUCGCCAAUGAUUGGGAACUGUUACGUUCUUCAGCGGAGGAGAAAUUUGAAUUUCUUAAUCGGGAAUUUUUCUCCAGGCAGCCUCGAUUAUUCAAAGCGUGGUUAGGCCCGUUGAUGGUCUUUGGAACGUGCCAUCCGGAUGUCAUUCAAGCCAUUCUAACCCAUCCGGAGUGUGUGGAUAAGCCGUUUUUCUACCAAUUUGCUCGAUUGGACCAUGGGUUACUGGCGGCUGGAGCACACAUUUGGCGGCGUCAACGAAAGCAACUGAACCCCACGUUUAACAUACGCAUACUGACAAGCUUCUUGCCCAUUUUUGAGGCGUGCUGCCAACAGCUGGUUGAUGAUUUGAAGCCACUCGUCAACGGGGAGCGCUUCGAUGCGCUCUAUUAUACGACCCGGUGCGCGUUGGAUAUGAUUUUGAAAUCCAGCUUGGACACGGAAAGCUUCUCGGACGAAGAGAGUGCCAGUUUGGUCGAGCAUAUCAAGCGGUUCUUGUUUAUUUCGACAAACCGAGUGCUGAACAUAUUUCACUAUCUAGAGCCAGUAUAUCGCUUAUCCAAGAAUUAUGCCUUGGAAUCGGAAUCAUUUAAAAUAUAUCUUGGAGCAACCAGAAAAAUAAUGAAGAUCAAACAACAGGAAAUGAAGGGUAAACCUCUCAAGGAAGAUGAAAUUGAAUACAACAAACCUCGAAUCUACAUGGAUCAACUGCUGAAAUUAUCCGAUUCGUUGAGUGAGAAGGAGAUAAUGCACAAUGUUUGUACGAUGAUAGCAGCGGGCAACGACACAUCCGGUCAGUUAUUGGCGUAUGCUUGCGUAUUCCUCGGAAUGUAUCCCGACGUCCAGGAAAAAGUCUACUCUGAAAUCGUAGAGCGCAUUCCUCCGACACAGAACGAGCCCAUUACAGCAGAACAACUAAAGUCUUUGUCCUACACGGAGAUGUUCCUGCAUGAAUGUCUACGCCUAUGUCCCAUCGGACCAACGAUUGCCCGGAAGAACAUGACCACGAUCGAGUUGGAGGGAGUCAAAAUUCCAGCUGGCCAUUUCCUGAUCAUUUCGUUCUUUAACUUGCAUCGGCGAAAGGACAUUUGGGGACCGGAUGUAGAUCAGUUUGAUCCAGAGCGGUUUACACCGGAGAGAUCAGAGGGGAGACAUCCAUACGCGUUUCUGCCAUUCAGUGGAGGACCACGCAACUGUAUUGGUUCGCGUUACGCCAUGAUGAGCAUGAAGAUGAUGAUGAUCUACCUACUGCGAGAGUACCGAUUUCGGACGGAUUUGAAUAUUUCGGAUUUGAAGUUUAAUUUCGGCAUGAUGCUGUGUAUGCCAUUUGAACAUUGGGUGCAAAUUGAGAAACGAUGAUUAGAAUACCAAUGUUCAUUUUUGUUCAGUAUUUUAGUAUCAUGUUUCUGUAACUAUAUGUCAACCAUUAAGUUCUCAUUAAAUCAAAGAAUCAAAAAGCAACUUGAUUUUUCAUUUUAUAUGUAGGUACCUCACCUUUUAUAUGUAAGUACCUUCAUUUUAUAUGUAAGUACGUUCUUCGCUAAUCUGCACUCGAAGACUGUGGCCUGCAGUUCUAAUCGUAGAAUGGAGGUGUACUUCAAUGGUGCUAUGCGAGUCUUUCCAGCAAUUUGUGAACAUUACACUUGAUCUUCUUCUACGAGUCGCAAGAAUACUGCCUCUACCAUUGCCCUUUCACUUGCAUCAACGGA